AUGGCCGACUCAAAAACCAAUGGCGCCUCCACCGAGGAGUCCAUCUCGCCCUACGGCCCCGCGCGGUCGACGGUCAAGGGCGCGCCCCUCUCUCCGUCCGACCUCGCAGCCUACAACGACUGGUUCAAGGCCAGUCUGUACCUGUCGCUCGGCAUGAUCUACCUGCGCGAGAACCCGCUGCUCAAGGAGCCGCUGACCAAGGACCACCUGAAGCUGCGGCUGCUGGGCCACUUUGGCUCGGCGCCGGGCCAGAUCUUCACGUGGAUGCACUUCAACCGGCUCAUCAACAAGCACGACCUCGACGCCGUCUUCAUCUCGGGCCCCGGCCACGGCGCGCCGGCCGUGCUGUCGCAGUCGUACCUCGAGGGCGUCUACUCGGAGGUGUACCACGACUGCUCCGAGGACGCCGAGGGCCUGCAGCGCUUCUUCAAGCAGUUCUCGUUCCCCGGCGGCAUCGGCUCGCACGCGACGCCCGAGACGCCCGGGUCGCUGCACGAGGGCGGCGAGCUCGGCUACGCCAUCAGCCACGCCUUCGGCGCCGUCUUUGACCACCCGGACCUCAUCGCGCUGACCAUGGUCGGCGACGGCGAGGCCGAGACGGGCCCCAUGGCCACGUCGUGGCACAGCACCAAGUUCCUCAACCCCAAGGUCGACGGCGCCGUGCUGCCCGUGCUGCACCUCAACGGCUACAAGAUCAACAACCCGACGCUGCUGGCGCGCAUCACGCACAAGGAGCUCGAGAACCUCUUCCUCGGCUACGGCUGGCAGCCGUACUUUGUCGAGGGCGACGACGUCGACACGAUGCACCAGGCCAUGGCGGCGACGCUCGAGCACUGCGUCGACGAGAUCCGCCGCUUCCAGAAGCAGGCCCGCGACUCGGGCAAGGCCUUCCGCCCGCGCUGGCCCAUGAUCAUCCUGCGCAGCCCCAAGGGCUGGACGGGCCCGCGCAAGAUUGGCGACAACUUCCUCGAGGGCUACUGGCGCGCCCACCAGGUGCCCAUCACCGACGUCGCCACCAACCCGGACCACCUGCAGAUCCUCGAGAAGUGGAUGAAGAGCUACGAGCCCGACCGCCUCUUCAAGGACGGCCGCAUCCUGCCCGAGCUCAAGGCGGCGCUGGCGCCCAAGGGCAACCGCCGCAUGAGCGCCAACCCCGUCGCCAACGGCGGCCUGCUGCGCAAGCCGCUGCGGCUGCCCGACUUUAAGAAGUACGCCCUCGCCGUCGACAAGUCGGCGGCGACGACGGCCGCGAGCAUGAGCAACAUGGCGGGCUACCUGCGCGACGUCGUCGCCAUGAACCCGCACUCGUUCCGCCUCUUCGGCCCCGACGAGACCGAGUCGAACAAGCUCGGCAAGGUGUACGAGGCGGCGCCCAAGGUCUGGCUCGGCGAGUACUUUGACGAGGACGCCAACGGCGGCAACCUCGCCAUGGAGGGCCGCGUCAUGGAGAUGCUCUCGGAGCACACGUGCGAGGGCUGGCUCGAGGGCUACAUCCUCACGGGCCGCCACGGCAUGCUCAACUCGUACGAGCCCUUCAUCCCCAUCGUCAGCUCCAUGGUCAACCAGCACUGCAAGUGGCUCGAGAAGUGCCUCGAGGUCGAGUGGCGCCACAAGGUCGCCUCGCUCAACAUUCUCCUGACGGCCGUCGUCUGGCGCCAGGACCACAACGGCUUCACCCACCAGGACCCGGGCUUCCUCGACACGGUCGUCAACAAGUCGCCCGACGUGGUGCGCGUCUACCUGCCGCCCGACGGCAACUGCCUGCUGUCCGUCAUGGACCACUGCUUCGCCUCGGCCAACUACGUCAACGUCGUCGUCGCCGACAAGCAGGACCACCUGCAGUACCUGUCCAUGGACAAGGCCGUCGAGCACUGCACCAAGGGCAUCGGCAUCUGGCCGCAGUUCAGCACCGACGCCGGCGCCGAGCCCGACGUCGUCAUGGCCUCGUGCGGCGACGUCUCGCCCAACGAGUCCCUCGCCGCCAUCGACCUGCUGCUGACGCACUUCCCCGACCUCAAGAUCCGCUGCGUCAACGUCGUCGACCUCUUCAAGCUCAUCCACCACACGGACCACUCCCACGGCCUGACCGACGCCGAGUGGACCGCCCUCUUCACCGCCAACGUCCCCGUCAUAUUCAACUUCCACUCCUACCCCUGGCUCGUCCACCGCCUGACCUACAAGCGGCCCGGCGCCACCAACCUCCACGUCCGCGGCUACAAGGAGAAGGGCAACAUUGACACGCCCCUCGAGCUGGCCAUCCGCAACCAGACCGACCGCUUCAGCCUCGCCAUCGACGCCAUCGACCGCAUCCCGAGCCUGCACAACCGCGGUGCCGCCGCGAGGGAGGCCCUGCGCAACGAGCAGAUUCGCGCCCAGAACGUCGCCUUCGAGACGGGGCUGGACCCCCCCUUCCUCAAGGACUGGCAGUGGAAGCGUGGCGGCCUGUGGCAGCAGUAG